GUAAAUAGUUUUAAUAGUUUAAGAAAUUUUUAAGUUCAAAAUUAAGUUCUUUUCUGUUGAACGUAAUUAAUUUGCUUUAUACUAAGUUAGAACUAAGCCUAUAAUUUUGCAUAAUCGAACUCUUAAAAAAAAGCAACAGAAGGAAAGAAAAAUUAUAAAAAAAAUACGAACGUUGUAGAUGAAAAGAAAUUUGUUCGUCAAUCAGUCAGUAUAUAAUAAUAAAUAAAUAAUACCUAAUAUAAUAUGGUGGAAAAAAAUAUUAACUAGAACACCACGAAAACAACAAAAAUAGAGAAAAAAGAAAGAAAAGAAAAAAAAUAUUCACGAAAUAAUUAUUAAAAUAGAGUUCAUUGUGAUAGAAAAAAAGAAAGAAUUUUUUUAAAAAAAAAUAUUUUAGCUCACACCAGCACAAUAUUUCGCAUUCACGGGAUAGGAAAACGCAAAUGAAAACUUCGCAUUUUUCCGAAAAUUACGACUUGUGUCACCCAUUAUUGGGUUGUGAGAACUCUAAUAAUAUUUCAAAUAAUAAAUCGUAUCGUCAUCAGCAACAUUCAACAACGUCCAAUUCAUCUUCGGCAACUGUAACAUAUGGAAAUAGGAAUAGCUCCGGAGAUCAAACAACAAAAUACAAAAAGAAUGCUAAUGAUUUUCAAAUAAAGCAUCAGCAAAGGCAACAAGAACAAAAUAAAAAGAGAAAACGAGAAACAGCUGAUGCGGGUUGCGAUUGUGGUUGCGUUGAUAGCCAAACUAUUAUCAGCACAACAAGUACAUUAAAUUCAACGACAAAAACGCAACAACAAACAACAAACAUGGGUGCACCAUCGAACGGUUCGAAGACAGCGCAUUCUAAAGUGGCUAAUGGCACAAAUGCUGGAACGAGUGGAAAUACCACAAAUCAAACAACAAGUAAAAGAUCGAGCAGUAGCGCUGAUGGUGACUAUCAAUUGGUACAACAUGAAGUGCUAUAUUCACAAUCAAGUCAAUAUGAGGUCUUGGAGUUUUUAGGUCGUGGAACAUUCGGUCAAGUUGUAAAAUGUUGGAAAAAAGGAACCAACGAGAUUGUCGCCAUAAAGAUUCUCAAGAAUCAUCCAUCGUAUGCGCGUCAGGGACAAAUUGAAGUUUCAAUACUCUCACGCCUCAGUCAAGAAAAUGCUGACGAAUUUAACUUUGUACGAGCAUUCGAAUGCUUUCAGCACAAGAAUCAUACAUGUCUCGUCUUUGAAAUGCUCGAGCAAAACUUGUAUGAUUUCCUGAAACAGAAUAAGUUUUCGCCAUUACCAUUGAAGUACAUCAGACCGAUUUUGCAACAGGUUUUAACAGCAUUGUUAAAGCUAAAGCAAUUGGGUUUGAUUCAUGCGGACUUAAAGCCUGAAAAUAUAAUGCUUGUUGAUCCCGUUCGCCAACCAUACAGGGUAAAAGUGAUUGAUUUUGGAAGUGCAUCGCAUGUUAGUAAGACAGUAUGUAAUACAUACUUACAAUCGCGUUAUUAUCGUGCGCCGGAAAUUAUUCUCGGCUUACCUUUCUGUGAAGCAAUCGAUAUGUGGUCAUUAGGAUGUGUCGUUGCAGAAUUAUUUUUGGGCUGGCCCCUCUAUCCUGGUUCAUCUGAGUAUGAUCAAAUCAGAUACAUAUCACAAACACAAGGUCUACCUACUGAACAUAUGCUGAAUAGCGCAAGUAAAACGGAGAAAUUUUUCUAUCGCGAUGAGGACUCGACAUAUCCAUUUUGGCGUCUAAUAUCGCCCGAAGAGAAUGAGCUUAUGACAAAUGUUAAGAGUAAGGAGGCACGAAAGUACAUCUUCAAUUGUCUUGACGAUAUUGGACAAGUAAAUGUUCAGACUGACAUUGAAGCCAGUCAAUUACUAGCAGAAAAGGUGGAUCGUCGUGAAUUUAUUGAUUUGCUUAAGCGAAUGUUGACAAUAGAUCAAGAGCGUCGCAUACAGCCGGCACAAGCAUUAAGACAUCCAUUUACAACGUUAUCACAUUUAGUGGAUUAUGCACAUUGUAAUAAUGUUAAAGCAAGUGUUCAAAUGAUGGAAGUAUGUAGACGUGAUACAGUCAUGCAUAGUGUACCGCAAUCGACUACGACACUUGUUACAAAUUUUGGACCAAAUACAACAGAAAAUAUGACAUUUACUAUUAAUAAUCAAUUGACAAAUCAAGUACAGAGAUUGGUGCGAGACAGGAAUCCUGCAUCGUACGAGAAUGUUUAUCAGUUUGCCUACGGUACGCCUCGUAAUGUUGUACGUCAAUAUACAAAUACGAGAGCAGCGGAUGUACUACCGCCUCAAUUAAGCUUUAUUUGUCCAUAUAAUCCCAUGCCAAGUCCAACGAAGCAUGUUGUCGUUGGUAAUGCUGGUAUGCAGCCAUCCAUUCAAGUUCCACCACAGCAAUACGUAAAUGUUCCUGUUCCUGUCUCCAUGACAAUGGAACCGAAUGGUCAACGAAUGCUCCUCACAAAUGCUGUUCAGUCGAGUGUAGCUUGGCCACAAGGAAGCACACGACAAGUAGCAAUUGUACCAUCUUGGGGACAGCAUGGAACAGCACCACACUCACUUAUCGUUGACUCAACACAAUUCUAUAAUGUUGAAGAGAUUUAUGGCAAACAGCCGUUAAGCAUUCACAAGUAUGAGAAGAAGGAGUCGCCGGUACAUCAUUUGAAUGUUCCACGACACGAUAAGAAGGAGACGAAUCAAUUGUCGCCAGUAAAGAAGCGUGUUAAGGAGAAUACACCACCAAAUUAUCACCAUCAUCACCAAAAUGUACAGCAGAAUCAGACACGAUACAACAAUCACAGAUCUUCAUCAUAUCACCAUCAUGUAUCGCCACAGCAGACAGUAACAUCAACGAAUCAAUAUCAUAACAGUAAUAAUCAAUUAUUCUAUGCUAAUCAGAAUCAGCAGCAACCAACAGGUGGACAUUAUGAGUCAAAUCAAGCAUAUCCAUCUGCCGUUGUAAUAAAUAAUAAUGGAAAGCAGCGUAAUCAAACAACGCACCAUCAAAUUGUUAAUUCGACCAUAACAAUUAAUGAUACGCCAUCGCCAACAUCAGUUAUUUUAAUUUCUGAUAGUGAAGAUGAAGACGAGAAUCAUAAGCAAAAAACACAGCAACAGCAAACAAACACAACGGCAACUAAGACUUCUCGUGAUUCAUCCACACAAGCGUCGCAGACGCAGUGUAAUAAUAAAAAUGAGAUCCAAAAUUCGUCUGUUAUCAAUAACAGCAAUAAUGGAAGCAGCACUAAUCUUAACAAUGCAAAUCAACGUCAACAUCGUAAGAAUGUCAUUUCUUGUGUUACAGUCGGUGAUAGCGAUGGAGAAGAUACGAGUCCGAAAACACAACAGCCACAACAGCAACAACAUCAAAAUGUAAAAUAUGAACAGCAUGCAACGCAAAAGAAACGCUUGUUGGCAAUGACACAGAACGAUCCAAACAUAACAAACUCGUCGAACUCAUCGACAAAUCAAUUGAAGCAAGAGCCUGCUGAAUUUUCAACAUCGUCAUCGCUUCAUUACGAAUAUCCGCCUUAUGAUCAUCAAAAACGAUCCUCAUGGGUGGGACCAACAACGACAACAUUGGUACAGCCACCGAACGCUCAUCAAAGUCAUCAUAUACAUAGUAAACGUGAGUCAGCUGGUUGCGGAUCAAAUUCAAAUUCAGGCUCACAGCAGCCACCAAUAGCACAUGGAAAAAGUGAACUUCCAUUGGCAUCAAGCUCUACUACCUCUUUAAAUAGUACACCAAUAUAUCACCAUCAUCAUCAUAAUCAUCAUCAUAGUAGCCAUCAUCAUCGUACGCAGCCUCAGAAUACGACACCGUUGGGAAAUUCGCCAAGUGCAGCUGCACUUUUACAGACACAACAGCCUGACAUUUAUGCUCAGGAGCUUUAUCGUCGACCAACUGUUUUUGUAUCGCAGGCAUCUGCUUAUGCGUAUAAUGCACGAGUUGUACCACCACCACCUGCACACAAUCCAUCUAAUCGGCAGGUGUUGCCAACUCAUCCAUUGCCCGCACAUAUACAAUUCCCACAAUAUGGUCAAUUUGGAGCUCCGCUCAGUCCCCAGGUGGCAGCAAAUUUGAGGCCUGGAAAUUUAUGGUAUGCUGAAUAAAUUUCCAUAGCAUUUAUUAAUUGUUCUCGUUUUUAAAAAGAAAGAAAUUGAUAAAAACUAUCUUAG